GUCAUUUUGGUAAACAUCUAUUACAUCACUAAAUCUAAUUGUGUUACUAUUUUUGGUUCUGUGGAUGGUGCGGCUCUCUCAGUUUCUCCUUUUCUGAGUGACAAUUUUAAUUGACCGCCAAAAAUUGAACCAGCACUGUGGAUGACUUUCAAACAGCCAUACCUUGUUAUUACUAUUACUAUAUAUAUCAACCCAUCCCCAUCCAUCAUUCGUCAUAUAUAUUGACUUGCUACUCCUUUCCCUUAUACUUCAUUCUGUUUAACGCUGAUUUAGUUGGUUUAUCCUUUACUUGAAAUAUUCAUACUGUUGCUCGUCUGACCAAAAGACAAGGUAAAGACGUGACAAAAUAGAUAACUCAUCAUGGAUAAGGACGAGUCAGACUAUCACGAGGUUAGUCUUAAUGAAAAGAUAAGAUCUAAUCCUUCUAAGAGAUCGAGAUGGUCAUUAUAUAACUUUAAGAACUUUAUAAUAAGUGGAACUUUACUCGUAUUAUUGAUAUGGGGUACUUCUUUCUUAUUAGUUGCUAUAGAAAACUUUAAGAUUCCUCAAAUUACAAAUGCAAGAAUACAACAAUACUUAAAAGCAAAUGGUGAUUCAUCCUCUUCAUUACCCAAAUAUACCUUUAAACCAUUUGAUGUUAGUGAUAGUAAUAAAUUCGCCUUGAAUUUUACGGCUGUUAGAGAUGGGAAAUUCAGACCUAAUUUUAAAUCAUUACAAUGGAUUACUGAACCUCUGUCUAUUUUCGAUGAUAAGGGUACUUAUCUUUUACAAGAUGAAAUAGAUGGAGAAACCAAAUACCUUAUAAGAUCGAUUAUUGAUGAAGAUUAUCAAAUUUCUUUAUUUAAUGGUUCAGUAUUUAACCAUCAUGGAAUUAAUUAUACUAUUGAUAAUCUUAAUUCUUCUCCAGAUUUAACUAAAGCCAUCUUAAGAACUAAUACCACUCAUAACUGGAGACAUUCCACCUUUGCAUUAUACUGGUUGUUGGAUAUCAAAGGAGGUGGUUCAAUAGUUCCAAUUAUGGAUACUACUCAAAAAUUAGCCGUUACAUCAUGGUCCCCUGAUUCAAACCAUUUAGCUUAUAUUCUUGAAAAUAACGUCUAUAUUAAGAAUAUUAUAUCAGAUGAAGUUACUCAAGUAACUACUGAUGGUAGUAUUCAAGUUUUCAAUGGUAAACCAGAUUGGGUUUAUGAAGAAGAAGUAUUUGGUGAUGAUAUUGUAUUAUGGUGGUCUCCUAAUGGAGAUAAGUUCACCUUCUUAAAGUCAAAUGAUACAGAAGUUCCAGAAUUCACUAUUCCUUAUUAUGUUCAAGAAGGUCAUGAUGAUUAUCCUGAAGUAAUUAAAAUUAAAUAUCCAAAAGCAGGAUAUCCUAAUCCAAUCGUUGAUUUAGUUAUUUAUGAUUUGAAAUCAAAUAAACAAGAAGUCUUACAAUUGGAAUCCGAUAAUAUCACUCCAGAUAAUAGAUUAAUAACUGAAGUUGUUUGGGUUGGUGGUUCAGUAUUAGUUAAAACUUCAAAUAGAGCUAGUGAUUUAUUAGAAAUAUUCUUAGUUGAUAGUGAAUCUAAUUCUUACAAGUUAAUUAGAACUCUUACUGCUGAAAAGAGUUGGUUUGAAAUCACAUCGAAUACAUUUUUUGUUCCAAAGAAUGAAUCAUUAGGUAUUAAUGAAGAUGGAUAUAUUGAUACUGUGGUUGAUGGUGGUUAUAAUCAUUUAGCUUAUUUUUCCCCACCAAAUAAUCCAAACGGUAGAUUAUUAACCAAAGGCCAAUGGGAAGUUCUUGGUGGAGUUAAAUCAUUUGAUUAUACCACUAAUGAAGUUUAUUUCAUAAGUACUUUGAAAUCAUCAGUUGAAAGACAUAUAUAUUCAGUUAAUUUAUUUGAUGCUACCAAAGAUUUAGAAAAUUUACCAGUUAUUAAAAGCUUAACCACUGGUGAAGGUUGGUAUUCAGGAUCAUUUUCAUCGGGCUCGAGAUAUCUUUUAUUAACUUAUGCUGGCCCUGAAGUUCCAUAUCAAAAAUUAACUGAUCUUAAAUCGUCACAAGAUAUUAAAACGAUUGAAUCCAAUCAACAAAUCAUUGAUAACUUAGAAGAUUACAUUGUUCCUAAAGUUGAAUAUAAAGUUAUUACUUUAACUGAUAAAGAUAGUGGUGAAGAAUUCAAAGUUAAUGCUGUCGAAACAUAUCCAUUAAAUUUUGAUGAAAAUUAUGAAUAUCCCGUAUUAUUCUUUGUUUAUGGUGGGCCAGGUUCACAAACAGUGACUAAAACCUUUGAUAUAAGUUUCAGUGCAGUUGUAGCUGCAGAGUUGAAUGCGGUAGUGGUUACUGUUGAUGGUAGAGGUACUGGAUUUAAUAAUCAUAAUGCUGAUUUAGGAUCUGAUUUUAAGUUUAUUGUUCGUGAUAGAUUAGGACAAUUUGAACCUAAAGAUCAAAUCGCUGCUGCUAAACUUUAUGCUAAGAAGAGUUAUGUUGAUGCUAGUAGAAUAGCUAUUUGGGGUUGGUCAUAUGGAGGAUUUUUAACCUUAAAAACAUUAGAAACUGAUUAUGAAGAUUCUAUAUUUUCUUAUGGUGUUUCGAUUGCACCAGUUACGAAAUGGAAAUUCUAUGAUUCGAUUUAUACGGAAAGAUAUUUAAGAACUCCACAAGAGAAUCCUGAAGGUUAUCAAAUAGCAUCUAUUCAUAAUGUAACUAAUUUCCAACAUGUAAAGAAAUUCUUCAUUGGGCAUGGAAGUGGUGAUGACAAUGUCCAUGUUCAAAACACUUUAAAAUUAAUUGAUGAUUUUAAUGUGGGUGAUAUUGAGAAUUUUGAAUUUAUGAUCUUCCCUGAUAGUGAUCAUUCUAUAAGAUAUCAUAAUGGGAAUAAGAUUGUUUAUGAUAGAAUCUUAAAUUUCCUUAAGAGAGCCUUUUCUGGUGAAUUUAUAUGAGAUUCCUAGUUGUAUCUUCAUACGUUUGUAACAUUAUAUACCCAGUAAUAAAAGACAUAUAAUAAUUUAGAGUUAACUCGUCCCAAUUAGGAAGUCUAGCUCCCUAUAUACACUCCGUCCCAAUCCGGUAACUAUCAACACGUGAG